UCAUUCUAGAUCAAACUAAACACAUAAUUUACAUGUGUUAAUUUAUUUUGAACACUAUGUUUUCUAAAGAUUUAAGGAGUAGUAAUUUGUGCUUACAAAUUUGUAUUUAGCAGGUAAAAAUACGCACAAUAAAAAAGAACGCAAGAACACUGACCAUUAUAUAUUGAUAAUCCAAUUUAAUUUUACCUAAAAUAGAUUUUUCAUGUAAAUAGUGUAUAAAUUCUAUAUAACCAAGAAAUGGCAGAAGAUCGAAGUCAAAUUACCGAAGAAAAAACAAAACCAAUAUUUCGUGAUUUGACGGCCGAUGAUCCAGAGCCGGAAACCACAGAGAUAGAGAGUCUCUGUAUGAAUUGUGAGAAAAAUGGCGUUACUAGAUUACUUCUAACAAAGAUUCCACAUUACAAAGAUAUUGUGGUGAUGUCCUUCGAUUGUGAACACUGUGGAUUCCAGAAUAAUGAGAUACAAAAUAGUGGAAAGAUUGCAGAGAAAGGAAUUAGAAUAACGUUGCAAAUUAAAUCUCCUAGAGAUCUAAAUCGUCAAGUAGUUAAAUCGGAUUACACGAGUGUAAAAAUUCCAUCCUUGGAUUUUGAGAUUCCAUCUAGAUCACAGAGAGGAGAGAUUACAACAAUUGAGGGAAUUAUAGAAAGAACUAUUAAUGGAUUAGAGCAGGAUCAAUCUGAAAGGAGAAAAAAAUAUCCAGAUGCUGCAACACAAAUUGAUCAGUUUCUUGAGAAGCUAAGAAGGCUGAAAUCUUUAGCAGAACCUUUCACUAUGAUAUUCGAAGAUAUAUCGGGGGAAUGCCAUGUAGAAAAUUUAAAAGCACCAUUGAAGGAUGACAGAUGUAUUACAGUCCAAUUUAGAAGAAUGACAGAGCAAGAUCAUAUUUUAGGGAUUUACUCUGAGAAUACAGAUGAUACUUUGUUGAAACCUAUACAAGAAGGAGAAUAUACUCUAGAGCAAAUUGAAGGAGAAGUACUUUCUUUCAGAACAAAUUGUCCAGAGUGUAAUUGCCCAUGUGAAACCAACAUGAAAUUAACCAAAAUUCCACACUUUAAGGAAGUUGUAAUUAUGGCAACAGUUUGCGAGUCUUGUGGACAUAGAACGAAUGAAGUUAAGAGCGGAGGAGGUAUCGAACCUAUGGGAGUGAAGAUAGAAGUAAUAGUUGCAGGAAAAGAAGAUUUCAGCCGCGAUUUGUUGAAAUCCGAAACUUGCCAUAUGCAAAUACCCGAAUUGGAGUUAGAAAUUGGUCCCGCUGCCUUAGGUGGACGUUUUACUACAGUAGAAGGCAUUUUGGUAGCAAUAAAAGAGCAAUUGUCAUCAUCGACAGCUUUCAGCGGUGAUAGUAGCGAUCCAGAAACUGUCAAACGGAUGGAAGUCUUCAUAUCUCACUUAAAUGAGGUUUUUGAGGAAAAACGAAGGAUCACUCUUAUAUUAGAUGAUCCAGCAGGCAACAGUUAUAUUCAAAGUCUUUCAGACGAAGGUUUAGAUAACGGUUUAAAAAUCACUAAAUAUGAAAGAAACUUUGAUCAAAAUGAAGAACUCGGGUUGAACGAUAUGAAAGUCGAAGACUAUUAAUUGUUUAUUGCGAAGAUUUACGAAAUAAGACAAUAUCAAUAAUGUCAAUAUGAUGUAUUAUAUCCGUGAAAAGAAAAUGUAUUAUAAAUGUACACUACACUGUGUAAAUAUAUAUUUUGCAAUUUUAUUGCAAAAUUUUUUAUCGAAA